AUGGACCCAGCAGAACUUGAAGAGACCUUCCAACGAGCUGCUGAAGCUGUAAAGUCGGUCAAAAACCUGCCCAAUUCCAAAUUGCUGGAUCUUUAUGGCCUAUACAAGCUCGCAACCGUUGGAGCAUGUAAUGUGUCGAGACCUGGAAUGUUGGAUUUCGCUGGACGUGCAAAGUGGGAUGCUUGGAAUUCACUAGGUGAUUUGGGUCGUCAUGAAGCAAUGCAGCAAUAUAUAGAGCUUGUCGAGUCUAUAUCGUCUUGGAAACGUGAUGAUCAAGAGGCCAAACCGGAGUCGCAUCAAAACUCUGAACACGACGUGUACACAAGUCAGCCUGGAGAUGGUGGCUUGUCAAUGAGUGUAUCUAUUAUGGAACGAGAACAAGACAUAUUCGUCAAAGAUGAAGACAAGACAGUCUUCCAAUUCGCAGAAGAAGGAAACAUUACACAAAUCCUUGAUCGAAUAAACAGUGGUAAAGUUGAUGUUAAUGAUGUUGAUGAACAGGGGGCUACAUUACUACACUGGGCAUCAGAUAGGGGACACAUAGAUCUAGUAACGAACUUACUGGACGUGGGCGCGAUAAUAGAAUCAGAAGAUCAAGAUGCUGCUACUGCAUUGCAUUACGCCGUACUAGCAGACCGUGAAGACGUAAUCAAGAUACUCGUAUCACGAGGGGCUAGUAUAACGCAUCAAGACAUUGACGAUCAAUCACCAUACGAUGUGGCUUCAGAACCUAUCCAAAAAAUCAUGGUUGACGAGUUUGAUAAGAGGAAUGGUGUUGGGAGCAGCAAGUGGGUCCUUGCAAUGGAUGAAGAACGCACAGAGGAAGGCACAUCAUAA